AUGGCUUCACUCCACUCAACACUUCUCUCCACCACUUCUCGCGUUUGUAUACAAUGUUUGCCACAAUUACUGCUCUCACAGUCAUAUGAAUAGCACUUGGAUUCACACAAUAAGCCAUUCAAUACAAUCGCAUCCAAACACUUGUACUGAAGCCGUAAUGGUCUGAUCUGAUCCGGAAUCUGAUCCGUAACCAUCAGACAACUGUGUUAGUGUUGGGCCAAUCAGACCAUUGAUGACAACAUGAGAUACACAGCGAUUGUAGUGUUUGUGUGUGAAGUGAUAGUAGGGGUGAUCUGUGAUCAACACUUUGACGGCUCUUUGGGAAUGUCCUGUGAUUUCAACAAAUAUAAGCAGAACGGAUGCGAAGACAAUUUGGGAUCCGUUUGCAACCAAACCACUAACCGAUGUCAAUGCAAACCACUAAAUGUUGUUGUCUUAGAGAAUCGUUUCUGUUUCCCGAAGACGUGUCCACACAAUGAGUAUUACGACCACAAUCUCAGCCAAUGUGAGCCCCAAAGAGUGGCUUCACUUAACUCUAACCACAAUUACUGUCACCACGACUUCCACUGCAGAGGAGAGCACAUCCAUUGCCUUCAGAUGAAUGGUUGGAACUAUCGAUGCGAAUGUGAGCGCGGAUUCCUCUAUGAUAACAACACUCAAGUGUGUCAACGAGUGAUCGGUUUUAAUGGUUUCUGUCUUCGGGACAAAGACUGUCACAUGCAUGACGUGACACGACUCGUGUGCGAAGAGCAGUCGUGUCGAUGCGCUCAGGGAUUCAGUUAUAACGUUGAGAUCGAUGGCUGCGAAAGCAUUGAGAAGAUUAAGGAGAGAGACAAUCAGACCAGAAAAAUGAUGUAUUUGUUCAUC